AUGGAUGCCACGCAACAGCUCAAUGCCCUCAUGGAAAAUAUGUUCAGCACAGGUUUGCUGGACAAUGAGUUCAACAAUCUCAAGCUGCUCCAGGACUCCAACAACCCUAACGCUGUCAGUGAGGUUAUCAUGAUCUUCUGCGAUGACGGGGAGCAGACCAUUGCUGAGCUCGCAAAGCUUCUGAACCAGCCAUCUGUGGACUAUGAGAGAGUGAGCACUUUUGCGCAUAAGAUCAUGGGGGCCAGUGCAAGCGUCGGCGCUAAGAGAGUGAGGAACACUUGCACUCUGUUAUGUGAUUUCUGUAAGGACAAGAACAAUCAUGGAUGCUUGAAUACACUGGAUUCUGUGUGGAUUGAAUUCGAUAAUCUGCGCAACAAAUUCCACACGAUGAUUCAGAUUGAUCACCUUAUUUGCUAA